AUGAAGGAAUUCGUCGAGCUCUUCGCCCUCAGUGGCGGCUCUAUGUCUCUAGAUGGCUACACACUUGUUUUCUAUAAUGGCAAAGGUGACAAGGCAUACCGUGUGGUGGACCUUAGCGGGCACAGCACAGAUGAACACGGAUUUUUCCUCAUCGGCUCAACGGAUCUCAAACCAUCGCCUGCCAUUGUUCUCCCUCACAACUCGGUCCAGAACGGCCCAGACGCCAUCGCGCUUUAUGGUCCAUCCUGGGUGCCAGUGCAUGAAAACGGAAAUGUGUCUGCUGUCGGGCUGCUGGAUGCAGUAGUUUACACAUCUCGUCGGGCCCAGGGCAGCGCUGACCAUCUGGCCAGGAUUCUCACACCCGGUUCUGAACCAUAUCUGGAGGAUGAGCAGUUUUUAGAGGGCGAUGAGUCCAUUCAGCGAUGCUGGCUUUCCGAUAACUACUAUAGCUUUCAAAAUGGCAGUCCCACUCCUGGGCGGGCGAAUAACUGCCAGCAGUUAGCCCCUGCGCAUCUGUCGAUUUACAAAAUCCAGUUGGGUGGACUGAGACCUGCUGGGAAGGUGGAGCUUUUGGUUGGGAUGAAAAAAGGGCCCAUGGCAGUAGUUGUGUAUGACGGACGGACAGACACUGUGAGGACCAGCGUUGGAUUCCAAGCCAGUAAACCAGGAGACGUGUCUGUAAAUUUGAACACAACCGCUCUGUCAGAUUUAGAUGGCUGGGCGUUGGCGGUGUACGAAGGACAGGCUACAGACUUCCCAAAAGGCAGCCCACUAAGUCAGCUUGAACCCCUCGAUGCGUUUGUCAGCAGUGGACUAACAAACAUGCCAAGCGCCAAUCUUACAGAAACUCUAAUUCCAGGCAGAAAGCCCUUCAAGUUUGACAGCAGGUCUUCUGAAGGUGGUGAUGCCUAUGUCACUCGCUGUGGUGUUGCUCACUGGAUGAGAGAUCCAGGUGUGUUCCAGCUUCAGAUGCAGAGACCGAGCGAGUCCAGCUACUGCACUUGGUAUAACACCUGCCCUUACAAGACUGCAAUCAACACAACAGAGGAGCAGUUUGAGCCGUUUUUACCUUCCGAUCUUGAUUUUCUGCUCAGCGAGUUGAAUUCGGACUCAUCGGGCUCAGCAGAGGAUGAGGAGUUUGUGGAGCUGUGGCACCCAUCAGGCCAGCGCACAUCACUUGAUGGAAUCUGGCUCCUGCUGUUCAAUGGCAACAAUGGGAAAAUUUAUCGUGAAAUCGAGCUCCACGGAUACUACACAGACAAUCAUGGGUAUUUCUUGAUUGGUAGCGAUAAGCUCGGACCACAGAUUGCCAUACCCUCCAAUACCAUUCAGAAUGGCCCUGAUGCCAUAGCAAUUUACCGCUCGGAGUCUUCCCCCUCCAGCGAGGGCCUGGACAUUCCAACAAAGGGCCUCCUGGAUGCCAUAGUAUACCGAUCCCGUGGCUCUGAUAAAGAAACGGCGGAUCUGAUCAGUGUGCUGAUGCCAGGGCAGCUCCCCCUGCUAGAAUACUCCUCCGCACAAGAUGACCAAAGCCUUAGCCGAUGUGGGCUACACCGCCUCGACCUGAACUCCUUUAGGCUUGCUGCCCGCACAGCACUGAAAGACAAUGAUUGUCCCCAUCCCCCUGAAGAACUCGUCAUUAACGAGGUGGUCUCUGGAGUGAUGCAUUUGCCAGCAAACUUCUUUGUUGAGCUGAGCGGUCCAGCUGCAACAGAAUUACACACGUUGGUCAUAGUGCUGUUUGAGGUUGGGGGUGUGAGACACAGUAUACCUCUAAAAGGAAGAAUAGGAGACAGUGGAUUCUAUGUACUGGGCAACGUGUCAACAGCUGAUCAGAGUUUGCCUGCUAUAACUUCUCUCAGUGCAGUUUGGUUGUGUUUUGGCCUUUCAAGCAUCAACAACUCACAAAUUCAGGAUGUGGUCGUUCUGUCUAAUGACUCCAGUCUGAAUCAGUUUCUCCAUGGCAUUACAUAUCAGUACAUACAUCCAAUGUCCAGUUUUGACUCUGUCUCUCGAUGUGCCACCAAGGGAUCAGCCAGUUGGACCGCCUCCAACUCCACACCCGGCUUCCAAAACCUCUGCCCAAGCUCCAUCUACUCCAGCAACAUGGACCUCUGCUUGCAGCCAGAACAUGAUGUAUUGAUCAGUUGUUCAGUUGAAACACUGGCUGCAUUCUUGGAGGUUUCUUGUCAGUGUGGGAUCUCUGGGCCUCAUCUCGCAGGUGUGAAUUUAACCUGCAUAUCAGGGAGUGUGUACGCGCAGGGUGAGGUACUGGCACUUUCUGAACACCAGAGGGAACUUGUGGGCAAGACACUACAGACAGCAGAUACACACUCCUGCACAACUAUCCAGCAGAGGCUUGUUAAUAAAGGGUCACCGCUGUGGCUGCAGGUGGGACUUGUGUUAGCUGUGGUGCUGCUGUGUGCACUAGGAGGAGCUAUUGUCUUUUACUUGUAUAAGAAAAGACGGCCUCAUGACUACUAUUCAAUGGAGCUGAAUGAACAUGAGACGCCUUUAGAUCUUUAGUCUGUGUGUGUGCGUGCGUGCAUGUGUGUGAGGGAGAAUAAUUUUUAAAUGAAGUCUAUUUUUAUGUU